GCCCGGCCGGGCCCCCCCCGCGGGGUUCGGUGGAUUUGGGGUUUAUGGGAGGGGGGUUGUUGGUUUGGGGAAUCGUUUGGUUGUUUUUAGGUGCGGAGCAGUCUCUGUCAUCUUUGUGGCUGCAACGAGUUGUAUCACAGGCACCGGACACCUCGUUUAGGCUCCUGAGUACUGCUAAACGUGUCCUGACUUGAAACGGGUUUGAUCUCCCAACAGCGGGUGCCUCUCUGUCUCUGUCCAAGUGUCUCUGUCCUGACGUGUAGAUUUGUACACGUCUUGGGUGUGUGUUUUUCAGGGUUUUGGGGUUUGUGUGGGGUGGUUUUUCAGUGCAGAGCAGUCUUUGUCAUCCGUGUCACUGCAACGAGUUGUGUCACAGGCACCUGAUGCCUGAUUUGGGCUCCUGAGUACUGCAAAAUAGCUCCCUGUGUCCUGACUUGAAAGGGGUUUGAUCUCCCAACAGCAGGUCCCUCUUUAUCUAAGUGUCUCUUUAUGAUCCGAGGUGUAGUGCACCUCCUACGUUAGAGAGAAAUUUGAUAACAAUCCUGUUGAUUUAGUGCUGUGUGGCCCUUGGAUAUCAAGGGCAUUUGCCUACAGACAAUCAAAGCUUGACCCCGAGGAAGAGGUAGUAGUUGUUAAGGAGAUGAUAAAGAGAAAAGUGCUACUGGAUAAAAAGACUGUGAAGUAACCGUUGUUAAUUAUGGAGUGAUAGAAAACAAUGGUGUUUGUUUAAAAAGUUUGUUUCAGGUACUGAAAGCUGGGGAGAGGCUCUUGAUGAGAGGGAAUGGUUUUGAGCUGAAAGAGGGGAAAAUGAGAUGAGAUCUCAGGAAGAAAUGUUUCCCUGUGAGGGUGGGAAGGCCCUGGCCCAGGGUGCCCAGGAAAGCUGUGGCUGCUCCAUCCCUGGAGGGGUUCAAGGCUGGGUUGGAUGGGGCUGGAGCCCCUGAGCCAGUGGGAGAUGUCCCUGCCCAUGGAACUGGAUGGGCUUUAAGGUCCCUUCCAACCCAAAGUGUUCAAUGAUUCUGUGUGACGCAUCUAAAUUGCUUGUCCUGAAAUCUCCACAGUUACCCAUCUUUGGAGCGAGGCCUGCGAAGUCAGUGGGCACCAUGACUGGUCUUCCCCAAAGUCACUUUUUCCCCAAUGGAAGCUAACUGAGGAGCAAUAAACACCUGAUAAAAGAGGAUGACAGAAAGACAGUUAUAUGUAUUGAGGGGAACAUUGCAAGUGGAAAAACAACAUGCCUGGAUUAUUUUGCCCAAACGACCAGCAUUGAGGUUUUGACAGAGCCGGUGUCAAAGUGGAGGAAUGUUCACGGUCACAAUAUCCUGGGCUUAAUGUACCAAGAUGCAUCAAGGUGGGGGAUAACAUUACAGACUUAUAUACAGCUUACCAUGCUAGAGCAACACACCAGACCAAUGAUUUCCCCAGUGAGAAUGAUGGAGCGAUCGAUCCACAGUGCAAAAUACAUUUUUGUAGAAAAUUUGUAUCGCAGCGGAAAAAUGCCAGAAGUGGAUUACGUUGUCCUAACGGAAUGGUUUGACUGGAUUCAGAACAACGCUGAUGUUUCGGUUGAUUUGAUAGUUUAUCUGCAGACUUCUCCUGAAGUUUGUUAUGAGCGGUUAAAGAGAAGAUGCAGAGAAGAGGAAAAGAUCAUUCCUCUGGAAUAUUUAGAAGCUAUUCAUCAGCUCUACGAAGAGUGGCUCAUUAAACAUACACUGUUUAAAGUUUCCUGCCCAGUGCUUGUUAUUGGAGCUGACCAUGACAUGCAAAAAAUGAUAGAGAAGUAUGAAGAAAACCGGGACCAAAUACUAAACCCAUAUAAUAUGCAACACCAUUUAUAGAAGUCUGUGAUUGUUGUAUUUUAAAAAAUCAUGUUUAUCAAGUCUGAUUUGGGGGCAUUUUUGAGUAUUUUUAGCGUUUCUAAAUAUAAUGUUUUUUGCUUUUGAAUUAUGCAUGGUAGAAUGUUGGGAACUUACUGCUAUGAAAUGUUUAGAAACAAGUUGUAAACAGAGUAUAAGCCACUUCCCUUUCUAAGUUCUCCAUCAGCUUUACUGUGUCCCCUCACUGCUGCUCCCUAUAAGUAACCUCAGUUUCUUAUUUUUUUCCCCAAGACAACCCUGUUUGUGUCAUUUGAAAGAAAGAAUUCUGUGCAAGAGGUAGGAUGCCCUCUUCAGUUGUCAGAGAAAGCAAAUGAAGUGCAUCGUGUAAAAAUAGCUUUGUUAAAUAGGUCUUAGCAGGUUGAAGUAGGGGCAUCUCACUCUACUCCCACCUGCACUGGUGCAGUUUCAUUGAAUUCAGCAAGUUUAUUCUGCUUUACAUGAAAUCCCAGUAAGCUGCAGUUCUGAAGUUCACUGUGCAGAGUCCCAGUGAAUUCAGUGGCAAGAAAAAAAGAAUAACAGUUUCCAUAAGUGAUUGCAGAAUGGCUCUGAGGCUUUUUUUUUAAGUCAGGUUUUUAAAAGGGUUUAUUUCUCUCUAAUGUUCAUGAAAUCAGUGACCAGACCACGGCCGAGUUCAGGACUAGUGAAAAUACAGAGUGCACCAAACAGUACUUGUUAUUCCUUUCAAAUAGUUAUAAAAAGAAUAGAAUUAAUUUAUUUCUUAACUGUUUUGGAUUCUUUGAUUGUACGGUUUUUUUAAUGAAGACACACGUUUCUUUGGGUUUAUAUCUUGAUCAUUUUACUGUGAUUUACAGGUACUUAGAGAGUAGAGGAAGGUAGUGGGGGUUUUGUUCUUGCACUUGUUAGCUAAAGCGUUGAGUUGCUCACAAUUUCUGCUCUACGCUCUUGAGUGUUGUCUUUAAGAUAAUCCUUUUAAUGCAGCAGUUCUGCUGGCACGUUAGUUUUUCUCUUUGAGGGGAACAAUCUCGGAACUAUGGUAUGUAGGUUUUUUUUCAUGAUAGUUUUGGUUGGUUUAAUGGAGCAAGCAAGGUUAACAGUGCUUUAAAACACACUGAUAUUAAUGUAGCUGAGUAUCUGUCAUCAGUUUGCUCCUACAAACGGCCGGUGUCCAGGACUGAGGUAGCACUUUGAUCACGUGUUACAGACAUUUGUCUGUAACUUGUUGGAGGAUGUAAGUUUUUGGUUACUUGGCUUUUCCAUGUUUCACCUGGUUUUGAACGAUAUCUGACAGUAUUGCUUUUGGAGAUCACGUCGCUGCUCUUAUUUUACGUUUUGUGGUAUGCCUGAAAAUCAUGGUAGUGAGAUGACUGUGCCAUUUUCCAAGUCAGGAGAUGCAGUUCCUUUCUAGCUAUUUCCAUCUGCUGGUUUUUUUUUUUUUUUACUGAGCAGAGCACUGAGAGAGCAUUUCCUAGUGACAUACUGUGUUAGCAGAGUAAAGCUUGUGAACCCAGUUCUAUCGUUCUGUUGUAAAACUUUAGAAUCCUGGCUUGAAAAAUAGGAUCUUCUGUGCUAAGUAAUUAUAUUCCUUAGUGAAGCCUAUUUGUAGGGGGACAGUAGUCACUCUUAAAACUUGCUGUUAAACUUUCAAAAUUUUUUCUUCUGUAAGAGACCAAAAGAACUGUUUCUUGGAGAAUAGCUCUAUAAAUGUGAAGUUCAGUCCUCUGCAGUUUGUUCUUAAUUCUAAUUUCGUCAUGGGUUGUAGAAGCCAAGGCUGUAUGUUUUGCACACAAAGGGCACUGAAUUGUUUUCUACAGAGGAUCUUACAGCACAAAGGAUCACUGUUCUCUUUCAGCUUUUGGAAGCAAUGUUUGCUUUUGGGUCAGAUUUUUUUAUUUCGUCAUUAUAUCAGAACAAUAGUUUGGGUGUGGGUUGUUGAUACACAUAGUUACAAUGAACUAGAAAGGAAUAAUUUAUAUAAUUUAUUAAAAAAAUACAGAUACAGUGGUUACAGGGAACUUUUAUUUUUUGCUGUUAAUUUUUAUGUAUAAAUUUUCAUACAGAAUAUUUUGGGUAUUUAAUGAAAACUAGGAACAAAGCCAAAUGGGCUGCUUCUCAUGUGUCAUAAAAAUGUUUGCAGUGUGCUGUAGAUGUGGAGAUAAAAAUAGCUGGUUUUAAGCCUAGAAUUUGCUUUUGUUUCCUGAAAUCUCUCAGUUGAUAUGAGGAGGGGGAAAAAGGGCAAUCAGCAUUAUUCUAAUAAAUAUUUUGUUCUAUUUAUGUCUGUGAAACUACAUAACGCUGUGAAAUGAGCCUUGUGGGAUUUCAUUGGCUAUCUUGGAGAGCUAUGCCAAUUAAUUUCCAAGGGGUAGGACCUUCAGCUGUGGUGUGGGGCAUCCUCCCAGUGCUUAGAAACAAGGGAGGGAAAAAGUGAUAAAGCGCUGUUUCAGAAAUUGCCUUUUUGUGGCGAGAUGGUGCUGAACCAUAGAGACCGGCACCUUCAUCAGUGCUUUGCAAACCUUUGCCAGUCCCUCUCAAGUAUGCUUUGAUUCUCUCAGGGGCUUGUCUUUUUAAGGGUGUCAUUUAUAAUUCUGAAGCAAAUUGGCUUUUUUUCCUCCCCCCAUUUAGUCUGCAUGCUUUCCAUUUGUGUGUUUUGGGGUUUUUUGUUUGGGUCUUAACAUUGAGUUUUAGUUUUCAUUCUUGGAUUCAAAAACAACAACAAAACCCAAGCAAUGCUUCUUGAGCACUUCCGCUCCAGACAGGGUGAGGGAGUGUGUGUGAGAAGAAUGUUAAGAGACCCAGUGGGGAAAGGUCGUGCGAGUGAAUAUUGCCCAGCUACCACGACUGCUGCCUGAGCUCUGUCUGCACUGAUCAAAAGAGAAUUUCUCUAAUCCAAGGCUGGGGAGAGCUGAGCCAUUCAGAGUGGCUGUGUGCAGCAUAUAAAUCUGGGAACAGAAUUGGCCUUAUGUCUCUAUGAUGGAAAGACAUCCAAUCAGUCAGUAACUCCCCAUUCAAUUCACAGACAAUCAGGACCAGCUGUAGCACAAUUAAGGCUGACAGCUCUCUAGAGGCCAGGCAUAGACUACAAACAUGCAGCACCUUCCUUGGAGGGCUAGCAGCGCUGCUUGAGUGGUUGCUCUUACUUAAGUUAAUUAGCCAAGGAGAGGUGCAGUUGUUACUACCAACAGGGCACUGGCAGACGGGGUCAGAAAGCUGAUGGUCUCGUUUGUCUGUCCCUCUUCUCAGGUAUGGCUCUAUUUACAACUAGGUUUUUGAACCCAGUUUUGCGUUACUCACGGGGAAGCAGCUGCACAAAGGGCUGCUGCCUAAGACCUAUUAAAUACGACUUAUAUUUUAUUUCAACUGGUUUUCAAAUCCUGGCUCUUCAGAAGCAUCAAACUGUAAAGCAGUUCUCUCGAGACCCCCAAAAUUUGCUAAUACUAAGGUAGUUUCUAGCACAAGACCUCAAAACUUCAACAUUUGUACAGGAAGAGAAGUUAAAGGUGAUUAUGCAGCAAUAAGAAACUCGGAUGAAAACAUCUGGAUGACUUUUAAGUGCAUUAUAGCUGUUCCUACAAAGGCAGACAGAACACUUACUGGUCCUGGCCAGUGUGACACAAAGACAAAAUUCCUCUUCAGUCCAGGUACUCAGACUUGAACAAACAGUAGACUCUCAGAACCUGGUCAUUUUAUAUUUAAUACAUUUCACGCAGUUUAACUGUUUAUUUGAUGGGCAUUGUUCAGAAACAAACGUAUCUAUUAAUUAGAAUAUCAUUAUUGUCUCCACCAGCAUUCCCGUGACUUGAUGGAGCUGUGGUGCAGUUAGCAAGCUGGUGUCCUUUGGCCAGUUCAGGUCAGCUGUCCCAGUUACUGUCUCCAAGUUGCUCAUAGGGGAGGAGGGGGAAAGAGAAAGCUGUGCCAAUGCAGCUGAGCAAUAGCCAAAACCCUGGUGACUUAUCAGCAGUUUUAGCCACAAAUGCCAAACAGACCACCUCAAUGAUACUGGAAAAGCUACUUGAAGGAGUAUUAAACUGUCUUUCCAGGUAAUUGUAUAGAGAAGCAUUGAAAAUUGUGCUGAAAUACAGUACCAGCUUCUGUAUGCUUUUCUGAAUUAAAUCAAACGUUGUGUAUGAGUUUUUCAUUGCUGGGGCUCCAGAUUACAGCCGUUUUAACAAUCCUGUCCCCCUUCCUUCUCAGCACUCCCACCUACAGGAUAUCCCUUAUCCUGGCUCUGAUGCUCACCGGGACCCUUCUCUGAUGUGAUUUUUUUCCUGCCACUAGAAUGGCAGGGAAUGGCAGUUUUUCUCCCUUCAUUUCAGUGCGAUGAACUGGCUGAUGGGGAAAUCCAGUGAACUCCAGAGCUGGUAGUGACAUAAGUGGCAGGAACACGGGCAAGAGGAAUGGCAACAGUAGCUGAUCUCCCUUUCUGGUAGCAGUGAACAAUUACAAUGCUCAGUGCUUCUGAAAUUUGUUGCUGUUGCCACAAAAGAAUUUUGGUAACAACUGGAGACAGGUAUAAAACCUGUAAUGCAGGUUAUUGCAUCUACAAGAUCUAAAUCAUUAUUCAUAAUGCAAAAAUAAAGCGUUCAUAGGGCUGGUUUCUUCUUCAAACCUAAAGGAAUGUUAUCAAACUGUCUAAACUUGCUUUCAACUAAAAAUGGGAGCAAGAUUAGCUCAGAGCACAGCUUCUUCCAGUGUCGAACCAUGUACCUGUUUCUAUCACUGUACAGCAUGCUUUACUUGAAGAAAACUCCAGAAGUAGGUCUGUAAAGCGAAAAAUAAAGGGGAAGAAGGAAGGGCGGAGGGAGAAUUAGAAGUAUGCAGAAAGAAGAAGUAGUAGAAGCAAAAAGGGAAGGGAGAAGUAGAAUUACGCCUAACUGAAGAAACCUGUCCGGUAUUAAGUACAGCCAGAAUGAAUCUGUCUGGUGAAUCAAAUGGAUUUAAAUUUAUGGAAGCUGUCAGUGCUUUAGAAUGGUGACCAUUUCGGUGCCAAAGGUUGUAGAUAAGAAGGGGCCAUUUAAGAAUUUGCUCAGCUACUUCUCUUGUUCAGUGUCCAAAAGUGGUGGUGGUUUUGGUUUUAUCUGAAACUGUUCUGACAAAACUAAUCAUCUCCUUGAAAAGAUGAUGAAGUCCACACGCAAGAGGAGAAAUAGGCAGGCACAUUACAAAUAAAGCCUGGGUAGAAUCAG